UGCCGAUGGACAAGUUCACCAGACAAUGCCAGAAGAGCAACAUGUGGGCUCGCCGUCGAAACAACACAGCCAGCAGAAGUCUGGAGAGUAGUCUCCGUCAUCUGGAGAAGGGAUAUAACCGAAACUACCGCCAAUAUCUUCGAGACAAGAUCAGGUUACAGUCGGACCUCAGAGAUCUGAAGCAUGUCCCGACAGAGGCUGAAGAACAACUGAGCUCAAAUGACGGAAGCCAGCUAAUAGUAGUUCCGGGGGCACAUUUUCCCCAGAAUGAUUCCACGGAGGCCAACGGCAGCUACGUCAUAAUUCCACCACGUAGUCAAGGUCUUUUAAAUACCAAUACGGCCAGAAAUACGACGAAUCGGAAACCUGAUCCUCGACCUCAAAGUAAAGAUAGACCGGCCUCUAAUUUACCGCCAAGAAGCAUCUCCGCUCUGUCUCUUGCAUCGACUAUUCCUCAUGGAGUGCGUGAUCUUAGCAGCAGUCUUUCAGACACUCACGCAAAGAUCAGUUCAAGUGGGGGUAUAAUUACAAGUACGCCUCUCGCUCCUGUUGACUCGUCUUUCGUUACGCGAAGUCAUACAGUCGCCGACUUGAGCUUUCCAAACAGGACGUGGGCAGAAACUUCCGGAGGUUCCCGAGUCUGUAAAAUUUCCCGUCCUCUCACAUCGACCCACUGUUGCCAGUAUUUCCCUUGCACAACGCCCAUAACGUACCACACCAUAGGGUUCCGCAGAGACGAUCUGGGGCCCUGGGUUACUGACGGUAGAAAGUUCAAAGCGGAAAGGCCAAGAGAAAGUCAAAACAGUGAAUCCAGUCCACGCUACGCGUCUGACCCACGACUAACCAUGGCUUCCAGUCGUGACUCAUCUCGACUGAAAAAGACUCAGAAAUUCGAGGAUCAGUUUUAUUCUAUUAAUUUGUCAGCAGACUCUUCUGGAACAUGCAACACAUCUUCGUCCACUGUCUCUGGAACAGCAGAAUCUGCAACCGAAAACUUUCGCGACCGUGUCUCAGGAGCACGCAAGACCACAGGUCAGUUUUGUCCAACUAUUGACGGUCCACUCUUUGGGCCUAAACCAUCAGAUCCUAUUCUAGAAUACGUCCGACAAGGCUCCACGAAGCCGAUGGAGAUCGCUACCAGGUCGUGUGCCCGGGUGAGCAUCAAAGACAAACUGAGAGGGCUCAGACAGCUGGUGGGGGAGAUGCGAGCCCGCAACGAGAACGUUCGACCUCGUGAUUGGGCAGUCAAUUACGGGGAGCGUGUACCCACGAGGAUCUUGUUGAACCCUGUAAUACCAUUGUAGAUUUACUUGUAUAAAUAUGUUUCAAGAAGGCUAUUUUUCUUCCGUGACUGUUAUUAUAGGAAUACUUAUUGCGUGAUAAUUACCACAUGGGGUGGUGUUCAGGCAACAAGGCUAUUGUUCGUUUUGGCUGGCAGUCAUUGUAAUUAAAGGACAGUACAAACAAGAGGAUACUGAGAAAAGCCAAGCAACUCCGUCCAGGUUGACCGUUUUUACUACAAUAAACUAGAAGAAGUAACAACUUUGUUUUAAAAAAUUUGUGAAAUUGGUAAUGUCUAAACAUAAUACACAUUAUUAUGUACAGUCACAAGUUACAUCUCGUCACAUGGUAUAUCUUACCUUACAUAAGAUUGUCUUUGCAAACAUGCCAUCCCCAAAUUGAGAGUAAACAAACAGCCGAGAGAAUGAAUACGAAGUGUAGCAGCGUUAAUUUUUAGUGGGGAAAUGUGCCAUUACCUGUUGUUGUGUUAGGACUGGGACAUGGCUGUGUUCUUUACUAGAUAUGUUUGUUCUAUCAGUUAAGGUGGCGCCAAUUCCCCCUAUUUAUCGAAUUCAUUUUUGAGAUGUGUCGCAACUUCUGGGGAUAGCAAGUACCAAUCUGUAAGGUUAGAUGACCAGCGAGGGACGCUGUAACCCCCGACAGCGUAAACGGUGUGCAUUAUAACGGGCAUGUUGCAAGCUAUCAAUCCCACCUUACCCCAUCCAGCUGAUGUUGUUUUUUUUUUUCUCCAAAGACUAUUAUGAUGGAAGUCCCGGUGGCCAUUUCCGUUAUCCUAUCAUUCUAUCAUCAUGGAACUUUUGAUUCUUUUUGUAUGAAUCGUUGUUUCUGACAGUGAUGACAGGCCAAGUUGAUACGGACAUUAAAAAUGAAUGCAAAAUCAAAAUGAUAAAACAAAGCCAUGUCUGGCCCCGUCCCGUAUGGUUAACGAACUUGACCUUCCCGACCUAACAGAUAGAACUGACAAGAGGAGUGCAAGGAUAGUCCGUUUGCACAUAAUGUCAAAUUCCAGUUUACUCAAACCAGCAACCCUCACCAUUUUCCCAAACUAUGUGCACUUUGCUGAAGUAAAUGAGAACUCCAGUCUCUGCAGAAUAUAACUUUCAA